CUGUAAGGUCAACUUAAUAGCUGCUCCACAACGUUGUCACCAUGACCUGCCUGCUUAAACACUUAUCAAGACGAGCUAUUUCCAUGGUAAGAGUACAGGACAAGAUGUUACACUCAGGGAGGGCUGUUCAGGCUGGAAACUGGAAGAUUGGUAAAAUAAACCAUGUGGCCAUGGCUGUUCCUGACAUGGACAAAGCUACUUCUCUGUUCAGGGAUGUCAUUGGAGCUAAUGUCAGUGAAAAACAUCCUCAGCCUGACCAUGGUGUUUAUACAGUGUUUAUUGAACUUGGAGAUACAAAAUUGGAGUUACUGAAUCCUAUGGGAGAUAACAGUCCCAUACAGAACUUCUUAGACAAAAACAAGAAUGGAGGAAUGCAUCACAUCUGUAUUGAGGUGGACAACAUUACUGAGGCGAUGAAAGAUUUAAAGGACAAAGGAAUUAGACUGUUGAGUUCAGAAGCAAAAAUAGGAGCACAUGGUAAACCUGUUGUGUUUUUACAUCCAAAGGAUUGUAAUGGUGUGCUAGUAGAGCUGGAGGAAGCCUAAUCGCAAAACAUAUAUAUAUAUAUUUAUUUACCUGAUAAUGUGUAGUUGUUAAAUUUCAUGGCGUGAAUAUUUGAUGGUUAUCCUGGUUCUAGCUUGUUUAUGGGCAUUAAAUAGUGUGCCUGUCUAUCAAUCAAUAACUCUGUACACAGACAUCAAAGAUAAUUUCUGAGAUUUUAAUACCCAGUAAAAAAAUGUUUGCAGUAAUUUCCUUUUGUUCCAUCACUCAAUAAUCGAUAGUACAAUCGAACUAGAGUUACUUACAAUGAGCAAAAUAAAAUUUACAGCAAAUAUUAAGUACUAUACAGUAUAUGAUCCCUGUACAAGUUUGGUUUUGAUCAUUGAAUUUAAAAUAAAUAUGUAUCAUUGUAAUUUAAUGCAUAGAUACAGUCAUGUUCAAGGGGGAGGGUAUCAUGCCAUUGUUAUUUGAUCCCUAGAAAUAAUAUUUUCAAUGUUUGUUUGUUGGACGGGUCGUGCCGUGGGAAUGCACUUGCCUUUCACCUAGUUGUCUGGGGUAUUAUUCCCAGUACAGACAUGAAAAGGUAUGGAGUCACCGCCCCACCACGUGGGUUUUCCCCAAGAGUCUGAUUUCCUCCCACGUUUAGACCCAAAUCACUCUUCCAUCUGGGUCAACAAGAGUGUUGCUAAAAGCUGAUAGCUUGUUUUGCAGUUGCAUAAUAAACAAAAUUGGUAUGCAGAAAAAAAUACGGUAUAUAUACAAUGUAUGUCAGUGACUGUGCAGGUAUUAGGGUUUAAAGAUUGAACACAGAUGAUAUAUUUAUACAUGAAAAAAAUUGAUGUUGAGAUUAUGUCAGAGAAUAAAAAUGAUGUUAGUGAAAGGUUAAAGAGAAAUAAGUAUGAUGAAAGGGAGAGAAAUUGAGAGUAAAUGAGAGAAGAAUAUAUGAAGAAAUGAGAAAGUAAAUGUUUUCAAAUACUUUUUCAAUACUUUUGUUGUGUUUUCACAAGCAGUGAGAUGUAUGUUUCAUUAAAUUAUGGCGUUGAAUCACAA